GAGGGGGCUUUGACCAUGGCUCAGGACCACUCUGUCUUGGGACUUCAGCUCUUCACCUCUCCUUUCUUUCCGCUCCUCCAGCUCCUCCUCUCCAAAAUGACCGAGUUCUCAGCGGACCAGAUUGAGGACUUCAAGGAGGCUUUUGGCCUCUUUGACAGAGUUGGUGACAACCAGGUGGCCUUCAACCAGGUGGCCGAUAUCAUGCGCGCUCUGGGCCAGAACCCCACCAACAAGGACGUUACAAAGAUUCUGGGCAACCCCACCGCUGAUGACAUGGCCAACAAGAGGCUCAACUUCGACGCUUUCCUUCCCAUGCUGAAGGAGGUUGAUGCCCUUCCAAAGGGUACCUAUGACGACUACGUUGAGGGUCUGCGCGUCUUCGACAAGGAGGGCAACGGCACAGUCAUGGGCGCUGAGCUGCGUAUCGUGCUGUCCACUCUGGGAGAGAAGAUGACUGAGCCCGAGAUUGAUGCCCUUAUGGCUGGUCAGGAGGACGAGAACGGCAGUGUGCACUAUGAGGCUUUCGUCAAGCACAUCAUGUCUGUGUAAGAGGCCAGCAGUAGGAGUGCUGAAGAAACUGUAGUUCACCUACAGACAGCCCAACAGUGUUCAGGACAUCUACACUGUACCAAAGACCAACCAAGGAAAGACAAGGACUAUGUACAAGGGAUGUUGAAGCGAACCCAUCUUGUUGUUUAUUUUGUUUUUCUUUCCAUUUCGUCUCCAACCCUCCUCUCUCGGGACAUCACCACCAUCACCUCUUCAUUGUAGACCUCCCAUCACUUGGCCUCAACUCCAACCGGGGCGUGUCUCCACUCGCCGCAUGGGGUGAGGAACGGGGGAGAAGGGAUGACCGCUCAUCAAGUGAGGGUAGAUCCCUCCCUUCCCACCGCCACCUCAUUCAGUCACGCCAUCACUGGCCCAGCAAUGCCAAAGGUGCUGGAGAUUGGUGGUGGAAAGACCGCCAAAAGCCUUCCCUGAAAAGUUUUAUUUAUUGUCACUCUGUUCAUUUCAGAAUAAACUUUUCCAACGUACAUCCCA